AUGGGAAGUUUGAGCGAAUGCGGUAGCGCCCUGCGCAACGGGCGUUAUGCCUCUAUCAUUCUCUCAAAGGAUCCCCGUGCCGACUCACAACCCGCUCCGAACUCUACCUCCGGCUCCGUAUCGGACCCAGCUCCGGUGGCCGGGGCUCUGAUACAAGCUCUCAUGACUCGGUUGAUAUCCGGACCUGAUGCAAAGACUCAACCUGCUACAGACACAGAUAUUCCCCAAGCUCUGGCCGUUGGUCUUGCUGCCUUGAAUGCCUUCCUUCAAGUCAACGUCACUGGUCCUGUUCUUCCGGAGUCAGCGGCUCUAAGCACGCUUUUUACCAAGGCAUGGGCUAGCCAACAGUCGGAUGAUGCGAAAAAGAGCCACGCUCAUCUCCAUAAGGCCUGUCUCAGCUAUCUUGAGGUUGACGGCGUCUCACCAUAUGCCUACAUCCCUCACCUGGAACUCUUCGCCUUAGCAAAACACAUCAUCACGCAGGAGCUGAGCCAAGUCGCCAAUGAUGUACUGGAGAUACAUUCUGAGGCAAAGCCGAUCAAGAGUAGUGUUGCUUGGAUAUCGCUUCGAGUUAACAUCUGGCACUACAAGCUCCUGACCCAGCCCAGUCUUGGACAUGGGUCUAACUUUGCUCGAAGCUCCCAGUGGAGUGACGUGCCCACGUUGGCUUCCCAGAUUUUGGACGGAAUAGACAACGUGAGGUCCAAGAUCCUCGGAGAGGAGGUCUGGGCAUCAGGUGAUGACGGCUGGAGCCGUGAUGAUAAAGUGCAGUUCCUCGUUGAAGCGGCCAACAACUACAUCCUGCUCGGUCGCGACGACAAGGCCAAGGAAGCUAUCAAGGAGGCCUCGCAAACAAGCGGCCUAGAGUAUGCGCUCUCAGGUGCCCUUGGAAAGCGAACCAAGUUCCAAGAGAACAGCAUCAGCCAGCUUGUGGUUUUAGCCAAGAGCGGUUCUGAGCAGCGAGUGGACGAUGCUGAAGAGGAAGCAAAGCCAGAUGCUCUUCAACUGAACGACGAUACUCUACACGAGGAAAUUCAGUUUACCAAGGAAACCAACGAAAAUGACAAGAAAGCCUCCCUUCCCGCCGCCCUGGCUGAUCUCUCACCCGACGACCAGCCUCAACUCUCCCCUCUCGACCAGAUCAUUCUCCUUACUGAGGCCACCUUGAAGGACGCUUUCUCGCCCAUUGAUACCCUCACUUCAGCAGAGGUGCUACCCUACGCAGUCAGAGUCAUCGGAGACAAGUCUACGAACUGGCAGAUAUACACCCAGGCAUUGCUCGUUCGAUCCAGAAUCGAGGUCCACCGCAGCCGAACCGUUGAGAGAGGUGUUCUUCAGCUUCAGGCUGUGGCAGACCAAGUACUCACUGAUACCACGGCGGAAGCCCAACAAAAAGCCGAGGAAAAAGAGCAAAGCUCGGAAACGGACGCUCCUGCUAUCCAAAUAACCAGCCCUGACGAGGUUUCUGCGCCUGUUCAGCCCAAGCCAACAUCAUUCCUGCCAGCGCCUAAGGCCUCCGAGUCUGCCCCAGCUCAUGUGCGUCUUGAGUACAUUCAUGCUAUCUGUUCGCCUCCACGAUGGCAUCUCGAGUCUGAACUGGCCUACGCCUGGGCUGGCAUCGGCUCUCUUGCUUCUGCUCUCGAGAUCUUCAAGCGUCUCCGAUUGUGGGCUGAGGUUGCACUCUGCCUUGCCAGCGCCGCUGCGUCAGAGGAUGAGGAUGGCCGUGGCAGUGGUGGUGAGGCCAAGGCCAAGGGAAUUCUUCGAUGGAGGCUGUUCCACCGUACUGGUGACCAAGCAUCAACUUCCGACCCUGAUGAUGAGGAUAUCGGUGAAGAUGUUACACUUCUCAAGGCUGCCGACUUCUCUGGCCCUGAGCGCGACCCUCCUCCACCCAACGCUCCACGACUCUUCUGCAUCCUAGGCGACAUCGAAAACGAACCGUCCUAUUAUGAGCGUGCGUGGGAAAUCUCCAAGCACCGAUAUGCCAGAGCUCAAAAGUCGCUCGGCGAGUACUACCUGCAGAAGAAGGAAUGGGAGAAGGCCCGUGAGGCCUACAAGAAGGCCACAGCUGUCAAUCGUUUGAGUCCUGAGAUGUGGAGCCGUCUUGGAGAUAUCAGCUUGCGACUUGCGCAGUUCAGCGAUGCCGCCGCGGCAUUCAAUCGUUCUAUUGGAUCUGCAAGCGACACAGCUGGAGGUGAAGAUGCCCGAACCUGGAGUAAUCUGGGAAGUGCUCUCUGGAGUCUUUACUGUGAGGUUGUCGCUGAGGCCAAGAAUAACCCUGCUCCCAUAUCAGAAGCCCGUGUGCCUGUCUCUGCAGAGGAUGAAGAGGACGAUGUUGCUCUCGCCGCUGCGCCUAAGCCUUCAGAUCGCGAUCCAGCUACUCUUCUGGCCCAGUCACUGGCUGCCUACAAGAGAGGUGCUUCCAUUGCACACGAUAACUGGCGAAUCUGGGACAAUGUACUCACACUGGCUUCACGUGUACAGCCACCUGCUAUUCCCGAUAUGAUCCUCGCUUUGAAGCACAUUAUCCAAAUCCGCAAGUCAGAAGAUGCUCUCGAUGCGGAUGUUCUCGGGGCGUUGCUUCAAGACGCCGUGCUCUCUGUGGAAAAGCCCUCAGAUUCGGGUGUCUAUGAGCCUCCCCGUGGCACGCCAGAACGAUUGGUGAUGCGACUUUUUGAAGAGGAAGUCGUUCCCCUCAUCACACAGCGCUCUGAACUUUGGACCCUGGUUUCACGUCUGCGGGCUUGGAGAAGGGACUACGCAGGUGCUAUUGAUGCAGCAGAGCGAGCUUGGCGAGCAGCCGUAGGAUCCUCAGGUAGUGGUCUUCUGCCCGGAGCAGCAGCCACAACAGCAGAUGAAGCGCGAGACUGGACUGUUGAUGAGGGUGCAUGGACUAUAGUUGUGCAGAGAACUGACGAGUUGGUGUCUGUGUUUGAGAACUGGGGCCCCUCAGUUGAGUCCAUCGGCAGUAAAUGGAAGGGCAAGGCAAGAAGCGCUGUAAGGAGUGUAAUGGGCCGGGGAAAGGAGAGAUGGGAGGGAAGUGAGGGUUGGAAGACCUUGCAGACUUUGAUGGAAGGACUAAGAAUCUCCUCCUGA